AUGUACAUCACUCUCUACUACAUAGUCACCCGCCUCCCUGACUCCCUUCGUGUAGUCAGGGACCACUUCCUCUCAGUUUGCCCCACCACCCUCACCGUUGACCUCCUCGAGAAGACCCUCCUAGCAGCGGAGAAGAGCAUAGUCGCUUCGGUGCGGCGUCUACCUCUAGCAAGAGACGCCGCCCUGGCAAGGGCAAGGGGGGCAGGGGCGCUGGAGGAGCUAGCAGGGGCGGUGGAGGCGGCGGUGGAGGCGACAGAGGGAGUGGGGGUGGCGGUGGGGGUGGUGGCGGGGGUGGAGGUGUCGGUGGCGGCAGUGGAGGCGGAGGAGGCGGCGGUGGCGGUGGGAGCGGAGGUGGUGGCGGUGGUGGAGGAGGCGGUGGCGGAGGAGGUGGAGCUGGUCGGGGUGGCACUACGCAGAGGGUCGGCUCCGGUGGUGCGGGGUGGGGGUACUGGUCCUUGCACCUACGUCCUACGCACCGGCGACCGCGCGGGUGAGCAGUGCGGGGCUGCGCACUCCACCCAGCGCUGCUUUGGCUGCCUGACAGACGCUUGGCGUCACCAGUUCCCGGAGGCUACGGAGAUCCCCCGCUGGGGUGAGCUGUCUAGGGCGGGAGUUGCUUUCUUUGACCUUGACUUUAAUGCUAUUCUUGCUGCCAUGUAUGCUGUUACUAUUAGUGAUGAGGGUGACUGUUACCGGUGUUUUCCGCCCGACCCGGGCAUUGAGACUGUCGCUCUAGGUACAGGUGAGGGUGCUGCUCUAGGUGCUCGUGCGCCUGCUCCCUCAGGUGCUGGUGAGUCUGCUCUCUCAGAUACUGCGUCGGUGUGA